AUGAACGAUUUUUCCAGUCGGCCGGAUUUCCUCAGCGAUUCGCUUCGUUUGCCGUUUGGCGAUGAAGAGGCUCGACCAAUUUCUCCGAUCACGGCCCCGCUGAUAAAGCCAUCCAAGCAGCCAGCAUUACCGUCACCCUCACCUGGCCUUUCACAAAUCUCUGCUGCUCCUCCGGAACCCACAAGACGCGCCUAUCUAAGCAGGCAGUGCGCCCUUUCCAGUUCCACUAUAAGUCAGGAGUACCAACGCCAGGCGCAGCUUACUGACACCGUGACACCCGAUUCAGUGGCGCCUACCCCGAUGCCCCGCUGUAUGCCCAUACCUCCCAAAGCAUCACUUACCGCGUCGGUAAGCAACCUUGAAAACAAGCCCAGUGAAUUGCUGGAAACUGAAGAACAGCGAACUGACCGCGUUCUGAGCCAAGAACUAGUCGAGCAUCGCAGUGCUGCGUCUGAUAAACGUAUGCCAAAUGGCAUGCACGCUAGUACGAAACAGAUUACAUUGUCUGGUGCGCAAACUUCUGGAUAUUGUGAUCUCUACCCUCGAUUAUCGGUGAGUCAAGACGAGCUCCACCUGCCCAUACCGGCGCAUCGGGAUGACCAGUACUCGCUGGAAACUGGGACUCCGGAGGAUUUCCAAACAGUCUUGAAGAAGGCGAAACAGCUUCCAUUCGAAAAUUUACCGGACGAUGUAUCGCUGAAGAAGAAAUCGGACGCUGCAGUCGUUGACGGCUAUGACGAGAGGCACACUUCUGUCAAAAAAGAGUAA